AGAAAGAGGGAGGAGUCCUUGGUCAGCAGCCUCUGACCUGAUGAGUCUGAGUUCCACCUCUGCUCAGGGAGGAAAAUCUUACUGUUGGGACCUUCAGACUGGGUCCUGAGCACUCAGGACUUUUUCUCCUUCAGGAUUUAAUAAACUGGAAUAUUCACUCAGACUCAGGACCUGUCGACGUGCUGCCUGACGGAGUCUUCCCUGCUGAAUGGGACAUUUCCAAAUGUGGUAUGAGACAAAACACAUUGUUAUUGAGUAAUAUGAGGAAGCCUUUUAAUGGGCUGGGAUCAGACUGCAGGGCUUCUGCUGUGUUUAGACCAAGGAGCAGCAUGCAAACAAAUCGGUGAACCACUGCGGCCUGUCAAACCCCCGCCCUCGUAGCCACCAGCACCACCAGCUCAAAUUUGGGGGUAUUACAGAUACUUGUACUCUGCCUCACAACCUGCGCCAAACACCAUGGAUUUUAUGCAGCCCAUAAGAAGUCAGGGCAUCAUGGCUUCUUCCACAUCUGCUCCUCUCCUGGGCACUCACGGCAGUUGCACCAGGCACCACUACCAGGCCGUCAGAAGGAAGCUGCGGCCUGGACGGCUCCUGGGUUUCCUUGUCAGCUUGGUAGCGGUCUGCACAGUCUCUUCUUGGAGUGCCUUGUCGCUGGCCAACUCUGGGGCCACGGGGCUGGAAUCAGCCACCGAGGAGGGCUCAGCGGAGGCAGCAGUGCCCCAAAGGACUCUUCUGCAGUACCAUAACCUCACAGCUGCAGCAGCGGACACACCUGUGGCCAUGAAAUCUACUGAAUUGGAAAUGAAUCACGGAGACUAUCCAACAGACUACUUCAGCAUAGAGCAGAGACGUGAGGGUUUUGUUAUGCUCCAUAUGUUUGGCAUGUUGUACAUGUUCAUAGCCUUAGCCAUUGUGUGUGAUGAGUUCUUUGUUCCUGCGCUCACUGUUAUCACAGAGAAGCUGGAGAUAUCUGAUGAUGUAGCAGGAGCCACCUUCAUGGCGGCUGGGGGCUCAGCUCCAGAACUUUUCACAUCUGUCAUAGGAGUUUUCAUUUCCCACAGUAAUGUAGGUAUUGGUACCAUCGUGGGCUCCGCUGUCUUCAACAUCCUGUUUGUGAUUGGGAUGUGUGCCCUGUUCUCCAAAGAGGUGCUGAACCUCACCUGGUGGCCUCUGUUCAGAGAUGUCUCCUUCUACAUUGUGGGCUUGCUAAUGCUCAUCUAUUUCUUUCUGGAUAAUGAAAUCACAGUGGGGGAAAGUGUCGGCUUGCUGAUGUGCUACACCUGCUAUGUGACAUUCAUGAAGUACAAUGCCAAAGUAGAACUUUUCAUAAAGAGCAUGCUGGGCAGCAACCAGGUGGACGAACUGGAAAACGCACCCAAGUUGGAGUCAGAUCUGUUGCUCACUGAUGUUGUUAUCACAUACGGCUCUCAGGUCAAUGUACCUGAUGAUGAGAACAAGCUGACGGCCAAGCCCAGGCUGCAGAGGGAGGGCAGCUGUGCUUCUCUACACAACUCACUGAUGAGGAACAGCAUCUUCCAGCUCAUGAUCCACACACUGGACCCCCUCAGUGAUGAAGGGCGAUUUAAAGAAAAGGCAUCAAUUCUUCACAAAAUGGCCAAGCAGAGGUGUAAAGAAGAGGCUGUCAGUGCCAACGGUGUAGGUAACAUUAAAAACAUCCCAAACAGCACAAAUGUUGCUGUGGAAGUCACACCACCGAUGAAUGGAGUUGCAGGAGGAGAAGAGGGUGGUGAGGAAGAGGAGGAUGAAGAUCAGCCUCUGAGCCUGGCCUGGCCUGACACCACCAGGAAACAGCUCACCUACCUCCUUAUCCUGCCCAUAGUCUUUCCUCUCUGGGUCACACUGCCCGACGUCCGGAGAGAGUCUUCUGCGAAGUUUUUCCCCAUCACUUUCCUGGGCGCCAUCACUUGGAUUGCUUUCUUCUCCUAUCUGAUGGUGUGGUGGGCUCACCAGGUUGGAGAGACUUUCUGGAUCACAGAGGAGAUCAUGGGUCUGACCAUAUUAGCAGCAGGCACUUCAAUCCCUGACCUGAUCACCAGUGUGAUUGUAGCACGAAAAGGCCUCGGAGACAUGGCUGUGUCCAGCUCUGUGGGCUCCAACAUCUUCGAUAUCACUGUGGGGUUGCCUUUUCCAUGGCUCCUCUACCACAUUAUCAAUGACUUCAAGCCUGUAGAAGUGAGCAGCAACGGACUGUUCUGCGCCAUUGUCCUCCUCUUCCUCAUGCUCCUCUUCGUCAUCAUCUCCAUUGCAGCUUGCAAGUGGAAAAUGAGCAAAUUCCUGGGCUUUCUCAUGUUUAUGCUCUACUUCGUUUUCCUCGUCAUCAGUGUUAUGCUGGAGGACAAAAUUAUCACCUGCCCCGUCUCAGUCUAAGAGAGAAUCGACCUGUAUGGACGUCGAAGACACUGUGUGUGUAACAGGAUCUGAAACAGCAGCACAAACACACAAACACACACACACACACACAAAAUGCACAGUAGAAAACAGCACAUUUAGUAUCCAGUCAAAGGUGAAGAUACCACACAUAUACACACUUUCAGAUGCAUCACAGCCUUCGAAGGGCUUCUCUCUCUGCACUGUGAACCCCCUCAAAGUGGCAGAUGGACACGAGACAUGAAAGUUCAACGGAACAUCGGCUGAGAUGGUUUAUGAGCUGUUCACUGUGGGGCAGUAUAAGAAGUACUCUCACGCAAACAGCCAGUUUGACCGGAUACAUACAAAGAGACUUUUUCCUUUGUGUUGAAAAGGGAGGUGACGCUACAAAGUGAUGGUGGAAGUAAAAGUAUCGGCAGCACAUGAGUGUGAUGGCCAAGCAGAUCAAUAGAAAUGUAGAUUAACCCUGUCUGUCUCUCAAUGCUGUCUCACUACAUGUAUGGUUUUACAAAGUAAAAUAUUCAAGAAACUUAAAUGUGUUUUCAAAUCCAGUUCAUUGAAUUUGAGGACAUAUUGGUACUGUAUAUCCCAAUCAUGAUUAUCAUUAAUAAUAAAUAUUUUAUGCUACUAGAAAACUAGAGUGAUAACAAGAACCAACAUUAAACUGACAAAUGUUUUCAAUACUUCUGCUCUUAUCAGCGUAUCACAUGUAUCUUAUUUGUUUUCAUAUACCGAGCAUAUCAAUGUGUGACUUUUUUCCAUUCUGUCUGCCUUUACAUGCACACCUUUAGAGAGAUUAGUCCAGUAUUUUGAGCAAAUCUGGAUGAUUUUGCUGCACAGAAAUGUCAUAAUCAGGUCAGUGUCAUGUCUGAAACUCAGUAGUUGAUGAGCAUGUGAGGGCUUGCAGUCUUAACACCAGGUGAUGGACUCAGGAUUAGUGUUGUGUUUUACUUGUUUAACUGAUUUUUUUUUUUUUUUUGGAAAUUAUCAUUUAUUUUAAAAAAAAAGAAAAAGGGUGUUCUACAUUUAUGAGUAUCUCUGGGUUUCUCUCUCUUGAUGUAAAACAAUUCAUGUACUCUCUAUAUAAAUGGAAGUAAAUUAUAGCAGUAUUUUGGUUCAGGACUCUUUCCCCCACAUUCUAAAUAAUAAUAAUAUUAAGAUGUUGAUACUACACACAUGAUACUUAUCUGUGUUCAUCGUGCAAAAUCUGGGAAUGAUUUUGCACAAGGAAAAUGAGCAUGUUGGAUUUUUCUGCAGAUAUUUGCAGAUUUGAGCUGAAGCAUUUUAUUUCACAUGGAAAGCUCAAAGUAGACAAAUUUCUGUUCAAAUGCUACAACUUUUAACCUCAUUUCAGAAACAUUAAGAAUGUGUAGCUGUGUCCCAAUUCCAUACUAAAUAGUGUUUAAUAGAUAUCCCACUUGAUGCUGUGUAAUGUCUUUGCAGUAAGUGAUGAAAUGAAUUGUAUGGCUACAUGAUUUUUUUUUUUAAUCGUGGACUGUGAGCUGCUCUGUCAUUUCUUUUCGGCUUUGCAUUAUUAGUGUACACAAUAAUUCCAUGAUUGUUUUUGCUUUCAUAUUAUUAACGUUUUGGCUUCUGUUUUCAAAAUACUCAGACUGCAUGUAAUUGUAAUAUAGUCUGGUGUUGGGACACAGCAUGUGUUUUCAUGUGCAAAAAUACUGAAA